ACACAUUUGUUUUACUCAGACAAAGUAGACGGAUGAUUUUCCUGUAUGACACUGGUGACCUGAGCCAGCCUCUUUAUGAGGACUCAAUAGACGAGUCCCCUGCCAUUCUCAUACCCUACUACGAUGAAGACAGCAAUACUGUGUUUCUGUCUGGAAGAGGGAAUGGACAGUUAUAUGCCUAUGAAGUUGCAACAGAGGAACCAUAUUUAUUUCCCUUAGCAACAACUAAGUUUACAACUCCAAGCCAAGCAUUCGCCUUCCUUCCAAAAUACCUGUGUGACGUAAAAAAUGUAGAAUUUGCCAAAGCUUACAGAUUAACCCAGACUACAGUAGAGCCCGUGUCUUUCACUGUUCCCAGAGUGAGGUUGGAGUUUUUCCAAGAUGACCUUUUCCAGAUACUUGAGUGACCUGGGAACCAACAAUGACCAGUAAGGAAUGGUUGGCAGGGAGCAAUCAACAACCCAGAUCUAUAAGUCUGAAGCCCAAAGACAUGA